AUGGAAGGGGAGACCCCUGUCCAUGCUCCAUACACUCGGGCAGGCAUGGCCCAAACCGGGUUUCGGGUUGAUUCGUACCCGUACAGCGAGUUACGACAGAGUUAUGAGGGCGAUGUCGAGCGGCUUUACACCCAGCAUAGCGCAGGUCUGGAGGACACUGAGACAGAGGCCCAGGAACACAUGGCAGGUGGGGCACAGGCCACAGAUGACCCGCAGCCCACCAACCCUGCUCCCGACGCUCGGUUACGCCCUCGGCAGGUCCGGAUCAUAAGUACUGAUUCUGAAGGAAACACCGUUAUUGAGGUGUUUACCAUUCUUGAUUCGCACAGGCGGCCGGGAUUAGGAGCGGAAAAUUUCGUCCGAAUACCGGACGAUUGGACGAAGGUACCGGACCGUACCAAGGAGGAUAUUUGGGACGCCUUGAUGGCAUACUUUUUCGUUCCACCCGAGUACAACUUGGAAGCAGUAAAAAAUGAAGCAUUUAAGGAUAUGGGCUCCAAGCUGCGGACUUGGAGGCACGAGCUCAAAAAAAUAUGUGCCAUUACGGAGGAAGAUACGCCGGACACUAUACGGGCAAGACUGGGGGGACAGACGCUAGGCGAGUACAAUCCCGUCGAUCUGGAUAUCUUAUUGGAGAGAUGGUGUACCCAGGAGAAUAGGGAGUAUGCGGCGAAAAUGAAGAGCUUGCGAGCAUUAAAUGAUUCACCACAUUGCACCGGAUCAAUGAGCUAUGCCAGGUUGACACAUGAGGAGGCCGAACGUUUGGGCCAUCAACCCACUCGUGCACACAAUUAUGUCAAGUCACACACGAAGAAGGGCGGUGGAUAUCCGAAUGAUAUUGUGAAGGAGAGAUGUGAAAAGAUGAAUGAGCUUAUACCCACCGACCCUGCAGCAUCGUCUAGCAUCACAGAGGGAACGGUCAGGUGGGCGCCAAACGACGCAUUCGCCCAGGCAAUGGGAAAUAAGCCUGAGUAUGCCGGUAGGGUUCGGAUGGCCGGACCAAAUAUUCUGCCUGUGCGGGGGACCAUACACUCAUACUAUACACCGUCACAGGCACGGUCAGGAAACGUCAGGUACUCCACGAUAUCACAAGACACACUUGAUAGAGCGCUUGACGCGGAGAGGGCGAAGCACAAGGAAGAGAUGGAUGCGUUGUUGGCCGAGAACAAUGCGCGGGUAGCCCAGCAAGUGGCGGAGCAGAUGGCUGAGAACAAUGCCCGGGUAGCGCGACAGGCAGCUGAACAGGAGGCUGAACGUCAGGCAAGGUUUGACGCCCGUUUUCGCCAACUUGAGGAAAUGAUCCGGUUUCACACCCCACCAGACAAUGCUUCCCCACCCUUUGCGAUGGUGCGAUCGUCGGUCGACAGUGGAUCAGGUAAUGGACAUCGUCGAGAGGAUGCUAUGGAUGUCAAUGAUCGCUAGUCUGGUCGAGAAUUUGAGGCUAUUCACAGUUGUGUAUAAGUUGAUGUAAUUGUAUUUGUGUAUAUUAUGUUAGUAUGUGACAUUUUUGGUGUGUUGAAGUUAGUUUAUAUAUAUAUUUGUGA